CGCAGGAGCGGGAGCGGGGCCAUGGCUGAGGUGGCUGGGCCCAUUGGUGAAUCCAAAGGCACUGAAGUUAAAACCCAGCCGGCCACGGAAAAAGCCCUCAUGGCGCCGCUGAGGCGGGCCCCGCGCUCGGUGCUCAAAGUGUCCCAGCUUUUGCUCAGAGCCAUCACUGCGCACAAAGGGCUGACUCUUGCCACUCUCAAGAAGGAGCUUGGAAACGCUGGCUACGAAGUGCGCAGGAAGUGCUGUCGCCACUUGGGUGAAGCACCCAGGUCUGAUGUUAAGGGAACGCUUCUCCGGGUCAGUGGCAGCGAUGCCUCUGGCUACUUCAGGAUCUGGAAGGUUCCGAAGCCCAAGAGAAAGCCAGGACGCUCGAGGUUGGCGGAGAGUGUGCGCUCUUCAAGGAGGACCUUUCCUGGGCCGCGGAGCCCACGGAGGCGCUGCACGCAUCGCAGGGCAGCCAAGAAGGCCAGGGAAGUAUGGAGACGAAGCACGAAGGCAAACACAAGGAUGAGGAAGAUAAGGCCAAGAGCCAAGGAGUCGGUGCGUUCCAGAGCCAGGGAGGAAGUGAGGGCCAAGGCGAUGGAUGAGGGGAGAGGACGGGCCAUGAAGGAAGACAUCAGGCCUAGAACCCGAGAGGAGAAGAGGUCAGGCCCGAAGCCCAGGGAAGAGAAACAGCAGGACCCGGUGAAGCCGGCAAAACGCACCAUCCAGAAGACAGCCUUGGUUAAAACUGACCAAAAUUCUAGCAGUCAGGGGAAGAGUUAUGACCUAAGGGCUGCUCGCACAAAGACUUCCACUAAAUCUGAAAGUCUUCGGAAUGCAGCCGGGUAUUCCUAGUGUGGGAGCAAUUUCCCUUCCUCCAGGCACAGAUGCCUUUUCCCCCAGGCUCUAAUGAGAACAGCUCUCACAAACCGAAGUGGACAAAACUAUAUACAAGACCUU